GAAAUGGAAAAAACCGAGCCUGGAGUCGUAAAUGAAAAAAAAUCGGAAACAGGUGAGGUUGUUGAAGAAAGCUCCGUGAAAAACAUGGGAGAGCAUGACCAGAGCACAGGAACUAGCAAAACUGAGUGCCGAGUGAGCACCCCGAGAAAGCCGGAACAGGAUCCAACGCGAGAAUCAAGAAGAUAUAACCUCUGA